UCACUCGCUAAUCAUACGAUCCCUCUCUCCCCCACACCCCCCUUCUCUCUCUCUCUCUCUCUCUCUCGCGGCUUCUCUCUGUCCCUGACGGGAGAGGCUCUUGUACUUUCUUCCCUCGUCGCCAUCAUCCAACGAUCUCGAUUUCGACGCGGAGGUAUUGGUACGCUUCCCGAUCAUGAUUUUGAAAGAUCGGUGUUUUUGAAGCUUGGGAGUAGAGUUGUUUCUUUCUCACAUCUGGAUAAUCUUGCUUUCGGAUUGUCUCUGCGGAGAUUUUUGACGGAUCGUCUGCUUCUGAGAUCCUUGAGUUUCAUCGUCUUUGCCGGAAUAGUUUGCGGAUCUCUGCGUGAGAGCAUGGGAGGAAACCUUUUUUUGCCUCUCUCUAUCUCUCUCGACAAGGUGGACAUUACAGGGCGAUCCUCCAGGACAGGGUAGCACAGAUCCAGUGCAGGCCAUUUUCAUAUGAUUUAGAUGGUAUGCUACUCCAUAUUAAAGACGGUCUCUGCUCCGUUGGGCCAUUUUAUCAAUUUUUUGAGGCCGCAAGUUCACACCAGGGGUUUUAGGAGGAAUUUUGAUGAAAGAUUUGGAGAUCCACAUCCUGUUGUUCUUAGAAUUAAGGGACUCAGAAUGAUGAUUGAUUCAGGGAAGCCAGUUGAAUCUGGAGUAGCUAAUGUGCUACCAGAGAAAGAAGAUGUAAUUUAUGGUGAUUUUGCAAGUGGCGGGUGGAAGAGCGAAGAUGGGAGCAUCAGCUGUGGAUAUUCUAGUUUUAGGGGAAAGAGAAUCAACAUGGAAGAUUUUUACGAUGUUAAAAUAUCCAAGAUUGAUGGGAAGACUGUUUGCUUAUUUGGGAUUUUUGAUGGCCAUGGUGGUUCUCGUGCUGCUGAAUAUUUAAAGGAACAUCUAUUCGAGAAUCUAAUGAAGCACCCACAGUUCAUUACUGACACAAAAUUGGCUAUAAGCGAGACCUACCAAAAGACUGACGCAGAGUUCUUGGAAGCUGAAAGCAAUACUUUCAGGGAUGAUGGUUCAACAGCAUCCACAGCGGUAUUGGUUGGUAGCCACUUAUAUGUUGCAAAUGUUGGAGAUUCACGCACGGUUAUAUCUAAGGCAGGAAAAGCAAUUCCUCUUUCUGAGGACCAUAAGCCAAAUAGAAGUGAUGAGCGCAAAAGAAUUGAAAAUGCUGGAGGAGUUGUCCUGUGGGCAGGUACAUGGAGGGUUGGAGGUGUUCUGGCAAUGUCUCGUGCAUUUGGUAACCGUCUAUUGAAACAAUUUGUUGUUGCGGAGCCUGAGAUCCAGGAAGAAGAGGUUGACAAGGAGUUGGAAUUUCUGGUGAUCGCUAGCGAUGGAUUGUGGGAUGUAGUUCCAAACGAGGAUGCUGUGUCGCUGGUGAGGACAAUUGAGGAGCCGGAGCAAGCGGCUCGAAAAUUGACAGAGACUGCGUUUACGCGAGGGAGUGCAGAUAACAUCACGUGUGUGGUUGUCAGAUUUCACCAUGAUGCACCAGAUGAUCCCGUUUGUUCUGAAUAGUGCUUUCUGGCGCUGUUCCUGCAUGGAUCGCGUGGCUCAGCUGACAUGCUUUUGUGUCCUUGAGAGCAGGAGUGAGUUUUUAUUAAAAUUAGAAGUAGGUGCGAUCGCUCAGAUCUUGCUUCGGUGGCGCUUGUGGAGCCCCUUGCAAGAUCAUGAACUUGGGUUGGAUUUUUGAACCCCAUUUUGGAUAUAUUUUUUGGUAUAUGAAAACUUUUGAUUCCCA